AUGGCCACGGACGCCCUCGUGAUUCUUUCCUCCAAGACGGCUGCCACGGAGCGAUCUAUAAUUACGCUCAUAUUGCGUCUCAUGUUUGCCUUGUCGGGACCACCUAUACCAACACCAUACGAAAGCGACUACCACCAUGUUCAUGCUUCUGUUUGUGCGCUGAUGAAGCCGCUGCACCGGCUGCUCGGCAAGUCCGACAGUGACCUGCUCAAGAUCAUCAGCAUCGGCGCUGGCGCCUGGGGCAGCGUCUUUGCUGCUCUGCUGCAGGACGGCUACGGACACUUCAGGGAGAAGGUGCACAUACGGGUGUGGCGCCGGCAGGGGCGGGCUGUGGACCGGUCCACUGCCGAGCAUCUCUUGGACGUGAUCAACUCCAGGGAGGACAUGCUGAGGCGCCUCAUCCGCCGCUGCGCCUACCUCGAGUACGUUGACGCACGGCUGGGAGACCGGACCCUGUACGCCGAUGAGAUCUUGAGGGAUGGGUUCUGUUUGAACAUGGUCGACACGCCCCUCUGCCCGUUGAAGGUGGUCACCAACCUGCAGGAAGCGGUCUGGGAUGCUGACAUUGUGGUGAAUGGCCUGCCAUCCACUGAAACGCACUGCGUGUUUGCAGGGGUUGCAAGUGCAACACACAUCAGCGCCAAGUGCAACACACAUCAGCAAAUAAAAAAGAAGACUGCGUUCUUACAUGUCCACCUCGUUCCUAGUCAUGGAUUGGCCAUCGCUAAUUUCUCCCUCUAG